CAUCUAUGUUCAGCUCCUCUGGGGGAGAAGCAGGAGAAGCCCUAGGGUUGCCCUUGGGGAGCCCCUAGGUGCUUAGAGCUGCCUGUGACUUAGUGAGGACUCCUGGGAGGUAAUGACUAACCCAGAGGUAUAGCCUAGGACCUUGACAAGAGGUGAGAACCGGAAAGGUUGGGGUAGACUGGUACUAUCAGGGAAGGUUUCCUGGGGGAGGGGAAGGAGCCAGGUUACAGUGAAGGACAGGGACACAGGGGACAUGGGAGUUGGAGGGAGCUAUUUGUAGUGGUAUUUGCGUUCUAGCCCAGGCCUCUGGCCCAGCCUAUUGAGGAAGGAAGGUCGACAAUGGACAGUGAGCACCACCCUAUCAGCAGCUAGAAACCCUUCCUGAGAUGCCUACUCCUCUGCCAUGGGGCCUGGCCCACUCCAGUGAGGCCUUUCCCUACUAUCCCAGCUGCUCCUUCUUGCCAAGCCCUAGAAAUCGAUGACGAUGGAGCCACAGGAGGCUUAGUCCUCACUUGCUCUAGGACCCUGUGGUCCAGGUGAAAAUCCCACCAGACAGAGUGAUCUGAGAGAAGACAGUGCGUGCCAGAUGGUGGACGGUGCAAGGUCAGGAGCAGUAAAGGCUGGAGCAGUCUGGAACACUUCCUGGAACACAGGGAUUUAAGGUGGAGCUUCCAGGACAGGCCGUGCAGGGCAGGACCGAGUGGAGUUUGGCCAGACUGAGCCCCACACCGUGCUUUUUCAUGAGCCAGGCAGCUCCUCCGUGUGGGUCGGUGGUCGAGGCAAGGUCUACCUCUUUGACUUCCCUGAGGGCAAGAACGCCUCUGUACAAAUGGUGAACAUCGGCUCCACAAAAGGCUCCUGCCUGGACAGGCAGGACUGUGACAACUAUAUCACGCUCCUGGAGAGGCGGAGUGAAGGGUUGCUGGUCUGCGGCACCAAUGCCCGCCGCCCCAGCUGCUGGAACCUGGUGAAUGGCACUGUGGUGCCACUUGGUGAGAUGAGAGGCUAUGCCCCCUUCAGCCCGGAUGAGAACUCCCUUGUACUGUUUGAAGGGGAUGAGGUGUACUCCACAAUUCGGAAGCAGGAAUACAACGGGAAGAUCCCUCGCUUUCGUCGCAUCCGGGGCGAGAGUGAACUAUAUACCAGUGAUACCGUCAUGCAAAACCCGCAGUUCAUCAAGGCUACCAUUGUGCACCAAGACCAAGCCUACGAUGACAAGAUCUACUACUUCUUCCGGGAAGACAAUCCUGACAAGAAUCCCGAGGCACCUCUUAACGUAUCCCGUGUAGCCCAGCUGUGCAGGGGAGACCAAGGUGGUGAAAGUUCACUGUCAGUCUCCAAGUGGAAUACCUUCCUGAAAGCCAUGCUUGUGUGCAGUGAUGCUGCCACCAACAAGAACUUCAACCGAUUGCAGGAUGUCUUCCUUCUCCCUGACCCCAGUGGCCAGUGGAGGGACACCAGAGUCUAUGGAGUUUUCUCCAAUCCCUGGAACUACUCUGCUGUUUGUGUGUAUUCCCUCGGUGACAUUGACAAGGUCUUCCGCACUUCCUCACUUAAGGGCUACCACACGGGCCUUCCCAAUCCUCGGCCUGGCAAGUGCCUCCCAGACCAGCAGCCGAUACCCACAGAGACCUUCCAGGUGGCUGACAGUCACCCUGAAGUGGCGCAGAGGGUGGAGCCCAUGGGGCCACUGAAGACACCACUAUUCCACUCUAAGUACCACUACCAGAAAGUGGCUGUCCACCGCAUGCAAGCCAGCCAUGGGGAGACCUUCCAUGUGCUUUACUUAACCACAGACAGGGGCACCAUCCACAAGGUGGUGGAGUCAGGGGAGCGGGAGCACAACCUCGUCUUCAACAUCAUGGAGAUCCAGCCCUUCCGCCGGGCGGCUGCUAUCCAGGCCAUGUCGCUGGAUGCUGACCGGCGGAAGCUAUAUGUGAGUUCCCAGUGGGAGGUGAGCCAAGUGCCCCUGGACCUGUGUGAGGUCUACGGUGGGGGCUGCCAUGGCUGUCUCAUGUCCCGAGACCCCUACUGCGGCUGGGACCAGGAUCACUGCGUGUCCAUCUACAGCUCCCAACGGUCAGUGCUGCAAUCCAUGAAUCCAAUGGAGCCACACAAAGAGUGUCCCAACCCAAAACCAGAUGAGGCCCCGCUGCAGAAGGUUUCUCUGGCCCGGAACUCUCGCUACUACCUGAGCUGCCCCAUGGAGUCCCGCCAUGCCACCUACUCAUGGCGCCAUGAGGAGAAUGUGGAACAGAGUUGUGAGCCUGGCCACCAGAGUCCCAACUGCAUCUUGUUCAUUGAGAACCUCACGGCCCGCCAGUAUGGCCAUUACCGCUGCGAGGCCCAGGAGGGCUCCUACCUCCGUGAGGCUCAGCACUGGGAGCUGCUGCCCGAGGACCGUGCCCUGGCUGAGCAACUGAUGGGCCGUGCCCGUGCCCUGGCUGCCUCCAUUUGGCUGGGGAUCCUGCCCACGCUUGUUCUUAGCCUCCUGGUCCACUAGUGCCUCCAGGGGCUAUAAAUGUCCCAGGCUUCUGCAGCCCAGGGACACUGGAAAGGUCUCACACUCAGAGCCGGCUGGCCCGGAAGCUCCUUGCCUGCUGUUUCUUCCAGGGGGACUGAAUAACCCAAUAGGGGACCAAAGGCCUGGAGAUGUCCAGCCGCAGGCGGCUGCUGGGCUCCAAGUGGGAUGGGGGUGGAGGGGGGCCAGAGAAUGAAGGCACUAACUGUGAAGUGGGGUGGCAGUGACCCAAGACUUUAUCUUCUGGAGAAUAUUUUUCAGAAACUCCUCACACUUGACUAAAUGCAGCGAUGCUCCUGGCUUGAGAAGCCUGUGGGCUGGGAUGUGGGUUUGGAAAAGGAGCUGGAUCCCCACCUCUGGACCUUGGGGCUGAGGCCUGAGUCCUUCUGGACUCUGUACCCAAUUGCCGUCUUCCUCACCUCCUUCCUCCAUGUCUGGAUGGCUAGUGUCCCUACAUACCCAGGGCUGCCCUGCCAGGCCCCGCCCUCUGCAGCUCCAUCACAGUCUGGGUCCCACUGAACAGUCGCCUUGCAUGUUUAUUGAAGGAUGUUUGCUUUCCGGACGGAAGGACGGAAAAAGCUCUAUUUUUAUGUUAGGCUUAUUUCAUGUAUAGCUACUUCUGACUGCAUCUGUAUGAAAAUACCAAAACUACUCGCUGGGGGGGGAGAGGGAGGGGCAGGGAAGGGUGGGGUGGGCGCUGGUCCCAGUCUGAGGCUCCUGGGGUUGGGAUAAGAGUCCAGGGACGGGCAUGGGUUCUAGGAGAGUGGCAUGAGCUGGCUCUGCCCCAGGAGCCCAGCCUGAGGGCACAAGCCCCUGGUGUGGGGGGGUCCUGGGGGUGGGGGUGAGGGAGACAGGGGAGAAUGAAGGAGAAAACUGAGCCCUAGGUUCACCACAUUCAUUUAGAAGGAGGAGCCGGGUCCUUGGGGGAGGUUCCAGGACUCUGCCCUUGGCAUUGGGGGUUGGGGGGCAGGGAGCAUCCUCCCUUCCUCUCAGCCCCCUUCCCCAGGGGCUGUGCUUCCAUGCUCCUAGCCUCCCACCUUCAGCUCAGGACAUGUUAUAACUUAGGCUAAACUGUGAAAAUUCCAGUGGGGAUGGCCUGGGCCAAGCUCUCCAAGUGGACGGCCAUACCCCAAGUCCAUGGAUUUCAGCAAAGAGCUGGGCCCUUCUCCAGCUGUGUCUGGGGCAGGGCCUGGGGCCGGUGGCCUUCUAGCUUCCGCCCUGUAUCUCUUCUCAAUGCACUUUAAUAAUGUAACAUAUUACUAAUAAACGAGCUAUUUAUUUA